AUGAGUAAGGAAGGACGUUCAACAUCAAGACCUCCAUUGUUCGAUGGGACAAAUUACCAAAGUUGGAAGAACAAAAUGGAAGCCUUUCUGAUGCUUCAAGGUGAAGACGUUUCUGAUGUUGUUGAGUGUGCAUGGUCUCAUCCUAUGAAAACCAUCCAAGAUGAAUAUGGUGUUACUACUCUUGUGAAGAAAUCGAAGAGAGAAUGGACGUUGAAUGAAAAAGCUGCUGGAAUAGCAAACUCGAAGGCCCUAUUUUCGAUUUUUAAUGUUGUGGAUGAAACUCAGGCGAAGCUUAUAUCAAACUGCAAAAUUGCCAAGAAAGCUUGGGACAUUCUGGAAAAUGCAUUCGAAGGUUCAACACAAGUCCGAGAAUCUAAACUAGAUCAUGUGGAGACAUUGUUCGAAGGAAUGAAGAUGAAUGAAGACGAAAUAAUCGUUGUUUACUAUAAUCGCUUUAUGGAUGUUGUCAAUCAGGCAGAAGCUCUUGGAAUGCACUUUGAAGAAAAGAGACUGGUGAGGAAGAUGCUUAAAAGUCUCACAAAAAAUUUCAGGCCAAAGGUGAUUAUGCUCGAUGAACCACCAAAGCUGAAAAAUAUGACGUUGGAUGAACUAUACAGCACUUUGGUGAGCUAUAAAAUGAAUUAUCUCAAAGAUGAAACUCCAAAAAGCAUGGCCUUAAGUGUGGAAGACAUAGAGCUGAUCGAAUCUGAUGAGGAAAUGGCUAUGUUGAGUCGAGAACUUUCAAGAAUGAUAAGUGAGAAACGAGCAGCCAAACUGAAGUAUGGAAAGUUCCAGAACAUAAGUGGUUAUCAGGGUGUGAGUACAUCCAGCUUACAACGGAAAUACUCUGAACAUAAACCAUCAAAUUACAACAAGCCAAAAGAUAAGUUUGAUGGUGGAUUCAAGAAGAAGUUCACUGUGUCCCCUAAACCUGAAUCUGUCAAAGAGCCAACAUGCUAUGGAUGUGGAGGAAUCGGUCACAUCAAGUCUGAAUGUCCGACAGUGAAGAAAAUGGAGAAAAGAGCAUAUCAAGCAACAUGGAGUGACAAUGAUGAAGAUGAAACUGUCUGUGUCGAGGAACAAGCUGAAGAUGAUGAAGUUGUGGCUUUCAUGGCCGAUGAAUCUGAAUCUAUUAAAGAUGAUGGUGCUUCUACUGAUAAAGCUUCAGAGGAAUCCAUAGAACUUGAUGAUGAUGAAUUGAUUGAAGCCUAUGAGGAGAUGGUGGAAGAACAAAAGAAAUCUUUAGUGAAAAAUAAAGAACUUUUGGACACCAUUUACCGGCUGGAAGCUCAAAAGGAAAAGUUGGAUGAUGAAAUUGAAAUUUUAAAGAAGGAUGUUCAUGAGAAAUCAACAGAAGCUGAUAGAUUAAAGGUUGAAAAUGUGUAG